AUGAUAUUGCGAUCAUUUCUCGGAACCAUGAAAAUCGUAAUUUUCGGAUCAACCGGCAUGACUGGCCUCUGUGUGGUCGAAGCUGCGUUAAAAAAAGGAUAUGAAGUGCGAGCCUUCGUUAGGGAUCCGUCCAAAUUUCCAGAAGAGUUGCAAUCCAAAGUCGAACUCUUCAAAGGAGACGUAUUAGAAGCCGAUUCGGUUACGAACGCUGUUGAAGGUACAGAUGGGGUCAUCAUAGCGUUGGGUACAAGGGGUAACCUGGACCCAACGUCGGACAUGUCUGAAGGUACGAAAAACAUCAUAGAUGCCAUGAGAGGCAAGCACGUGAAUACUGUGUCAGCGUGCAUAUCAGCCUUCCUGUUCUACGAAGAGGAUAAGGUGCCGGAGAGAUUCAUUCCUGUCACGAAGGAUCACAAGAGAAUGUACGAAGAGUUGAAGGGGUCUGGUGUCAACUGGGUUGCCGUUUUCUCGCCUCAUAUUUCUGACGAUCCAAGCCGGGAUAUCAUAGUGGAGGUAAACCCAGAAAAGUCCCCUGGCCGCGCGGUGUCCAAACAUGACCUUGGAAAAUUCCUUGUCGACUCUCUCACCGAACCGAAAUACUAUAAAGCUGUGAUAGGUUUGUGCAAUGUACCUAAAGCCUAA